GCCAAGCAUGCUAAAACUACAUCUAAAUAUUUUGCGCAAAAUAACUGAGCCCCAGGUUGGGCAGAAUAUUAUAGAAACAAAAUACCUUCUUGAACUUGUGUCCUUCGGUAAAAUGUCAUCGGAAUCCGAAAGCCCACCGAAAUAUCCGCGAAAAACAAGACCCAAAAUAAGUGGCAAUUUCUCCGAGGAGGACACCAUAAAAUUAAUAAAUUAUGUUAAGAAAAUGCCUGUCAUCUGGAAUACGAAUCACAAGGAAUAUGCUGAAAAGAAAACAAGGAACACAGCGUGGAGUCUAAUAUAUAAACAAUUUGGAGGCCGACACCAUGAAUCGGACCUGCGAACCAAAUGGAAUAAUUUAAGAAUCCAGUACAGGAUAACUCUUGGAAAACUAAAGGGAAAAGGGGAGGGAAACGCUUCAGUCUGGAGACAUUUUGCGGCUCUUAAGUUUCUGGAGAAUGAUAGUAAAUCUGAGACUCUUGAAGCCAGAAAUAUUUUAGAACCUGAAGACGAGCUUGAACUCGGCGACGUCCCAUCAUCGGCCAGAAAAUCACCCAAAAAACGACGAACUCGGUUAGAAUCUGAAGACGAGCCUGAACUUGCCACAGUUCUAUCACCGCCGAGCAAACGUUUAAAUGAUUCCAAGGGUGAUCCCAAUUUGCAACUGUGUAAUUACAUGUAUUCUGAAUUGACUGAGCUAAAAAGGAAAAUGCUGCUAUUCUUCGAAGGAAACUUUUAAAACUAUUUAUUUCAUUUGAUCCUUCAGGUGAUUACGCCGAUGUGUAAAUACAUGUUGGAUUCUUUUUUAAACAACUCAUUUAGCAUAGAUUUAU